CUGCUCAGACGGAACUCAGUCAGCGGCAGCAGCUGUACAGUGGUGAUAGGCACCAUUUCCACAAACCAUGGAGACUUUAUACAGCAUACCGUUUUCUGUGCUUGAAUGUCCAAAUAUAAAGCUGAAGAAACCGUCAUGGCUGCAUAUGCCGUCUGCUAUGACUGUGUAUGCGGUCGUUAUUGUGUCCUACUUUCUCAUCACAGGAGGUAUCAUCUACGAUGUUAUUGUAGAGCCACCCAGUGUGGGUUCAAUGACUGAUGAACAUGGACACCAGCGGCCAGUUGCCUUUUUGGCAUACAGGGUAAAUGGCCAGUACAUCAUGGAAGGGCUGGCCUCAAGUUUCCUCUUCACGAUGGGAGGUCUGGGCUUUAUAAUCCUGGACCGCUCCAAUGCACCAAACAUUCCCAAACUCAACCGCUUCCUGUUGCUCUUCAUUGGCUUUGUCAGUGUCCUCCUCAGCUUCUUCAUGGCCAGAGUGUUCAUGCGCAUGAAGCUGCCAGGAUACCUCAUGGGCUAAAGAGACAGACAGCCCACUUUAACAAACAGAUUUGGAUGGAGAGAUGACAUAUGUGGGUGUAAGAAGAUUUCAGCCAAAAUUAUGGUUAAACUAUAAUCAACAAUCAGUAAGGACUGAAAGCACUGACCCUGAAGAAAUUAGACCUGGCUGCACUGACAGUCUGACUGGCUGUGUCUCAUUUGUGUUCAGUGACUUUCUUUCAUCCUCUUUUCUCCAGUGUUCCAAACAAAUUAGUGCAACAGAUGCUUUGUCUCUUUAGCGGACCUUGGCACAUGGACCCCUGGUACUGGCACAUCAUCAUGACUAAUUUUCUCAUGUUUUCUUGACAAAACUAGGAAAACUGUAAAAAGUCAGCUAUUUUUCAGUAUACUGAACCUGGAGGAAUUUUUUGACUUUCACUUCACUCAGUACUUUGCAUCGGGUGAAAUAUGUCUGACACUGGAGAAGAAAACUGAAAGGAAGUUACUGGACACUAUGGGGAUUGAGCCAUUGCUUUGAAAUCACAAUUAGCACUGUGUGAAUCAUGUAGGGGGGGUGUAAUAAUCUGAAAAAUUGUCUGUUUUUGGUAAGGAGUCAUUGAGAAAGCCUGUUGAACCUGCCACAGUUGCAUUUUUGUACAAGGUUGUGAAAUAAAUCUUUCUUUUCAGA